AAUCAGCCAGGUGAUUACCUAACCAUGACCUGAGAGCCUGAAGCCUGCAUUCAGAUCUAUCCACACGCAAACACUCACGGGAGAGCGAGAGAGGGAAGCUUUGAUCGGUACCGAUGGAGGCGACCGCGUUGAGCAUCGGCAAGUCUGCGCUGAGCGGGGCGCUUGGCUACGCUAAAUCUGCCGUCGCUGAGGAAGUGGCCCUGCAGCUGGGAGUCCAGCGCGACAAGGCCUUCGUCACCGACGAGCUGGAGAUGAUGCAGUCUUUCCUGAUGGUAGCGCACAAUGAGCAGGACGACCACAGCAAGGUGAUCAAGACCUGGGUGAAGCAAGUUCACGACGUCGCCUACGACGUCGAGGAUGGCCUCCAGGACUUCUUUGUCCGCGUUCAUCAGAAAUCCUGGUGGCGCAUCCCUCGCACUUUGCUUGACCGUCACCAUGUCGCCAAGCAGAUGAAGGAGCUGCGUGCCAAGGUGGAGGACGUGAGCCAGAGGAACGUGCGCUACCGCCUCAUCGAACGCGGCUCUAAACCCGCAAAUGCAUCUGACCUCACAACCACCGCUACUGCCAUGUUCGGCGUUGAUGAAGCAAGAAGGCAUGCUACAAAUCAGCACCAAUCAGGAUCAAGGUUGGAUCUUGCCCAGCUGAUCCUCAGCGACAAGAAAGGCUUGGGCUCAGACCAAAUUGGAGUUAUCGGAGUGUGGGGAACAAGUGGCACCGUUGGGCAUACUUCCAUCAUCUUGGAUGCAUACGAGGAUCCAAAUAUUCAACUCAGCUUUCCAUGCAGAGCGUGGGUCAGGGUGACGCGCCCUUUCCACCGAAAAGAAUUUGUCCAUGGUAUAUUGGAACAGUUUCGAGAAACCGUCGAUUUUCUGCUGGAGCCGGAGGGGGAGAAGGCGGGGCAUGAGUUGGCACAAGAGUACAAUGGAUACGUCAACGAGAAGAGGUACCUAAUAGUCCUUACCGAAUUAUCGACCAUUGAAGAAUGGCGCCAGAUCAAAACUUGCUUCCCAAAGAACAAACUGGGGAGCCAGAUCGUAGUAUCCACGGAGCAUCUUGAAGUUGCAAGCCUAUGCCCAGGACAGAAAAGUACUGUAUUGGAGCUCAUGCAAUUGUCUGCUGAACAGACCAUAUAUGCUUUCUACCAGCAGGAGUCUCAAGACAGGACACAUUCAUCGAAGCCAACAUCUAGCUCAAUUCUGCCUCGCAUUUUUGAGAAUGAGAUACAAGAAUACCAGUCUAAUGAUGUUGUUGACGGAAAGAUGAUUGUGCAAGAAAAUCUCAUAAGCACCAACACGAUGACGCAUGCUUUUGAAGAAUUUCGUCUUAUUGGGCGAGAUAAAGAAAAAUAUGAUAUUAUUGAACUGAUUCGACAGCACGCUUCCACCCCACAAUUCCAGGUGAUUGCAGUGUGGGGAAUGGGUGGUGUUGGAAAAACCACUUUGAUCAAAGAUGUUUACCAAAGCCAAGAGGUCUAUGAGAAGUUUGGUAAACAUGCUUUUGUCACAGUCUUGCGGCCUUUCAAGCUUGAGGAGUUCCUGAGGAGCUUAACAUAUCAGUUAGAAGAAAAGAAGAGUGCCAUGGACCUUGUGGGUGAUACCAAAGAAGAUAUUGCUUUGAUGGGGGUUAAAGAGUUGACUGAAGUGUUAGAUAGACGUUCGCAAGGAAAAAAAUGUUUGAUUGUUCUCGACGACCUAUCAUCUACCAUUGAAUGGGAUAAAAUAUUGCCGAGUUUACUUGCAAUUAAAAAUCCAAGUUUGGUCAUUGUGAUCACAACAAGGCAAGAGGAUAUUGCUAAACAUUGUUGCAAGAAACCAAAGUACAUGGAACAAAAAGAGUGCAUACACCGGCUCGGUGUUCUAGAAGACAGUGAUGCAUGGGACCUCUUCACAAUAAAGGUAUUUAAGAAUAAAUUCAAAGAUUUGACUAAGCACUAUCCUGAAUUGGUUGAACCAGCACAACUAAUCCUAAAGAAGUGUAAUGGACUUCCUCUUGCGAUAGUCACCAUAGGUGGUUUCUUGGCAGACCAACCAACAAAAACUGCGGCAGAGUGGAGGAAAUUGAAUGAGCAUAUCAAUAUUGAGCUAGAGAUGAAUCCAAAGUUUGAGGUCAUAAAAGCAGUCCUCAUGAAAAGUUAUGAUGGCUUACCCUAUUACCUCAAGUCUUGUUUUCUGUACCUGUCCAUCUUCCCUGAAGACCUCAAUGUUAGUCGGAGACGUUUGGUUUGCCGAUGGAUAGCAGAAGGUUACUCAUGGGACAAAUCAAUAGCGGAUAAAUACUUCAUAGAACUCAUAGAGAGAAGUAUGAUUUUACCAACUCAACAAUCAAUUCUCAGCAGGCAAGUAUUUGAUUCGUGCCAGCUACAUGAUCUAAUCCGUGAUAUCAGCAUUGCAAAGUCAAUGGAGGAAAAUCUUGUCUUUAGGUUGGAGGAAGGAUGUAACUCAAACACUCGAGGCACAGUGCGUCACCUUUCCAUAAGCAGCAAUUGGGAGGGAGAUGAGCGUGAGCUGGAGAAUACAGUGGAGUUGUCCCGUAUACGUUCAUUGACGGUAUUCGGCAAUUGGAGGCCAUUUUACAUAUCUGAAAAGAUGAGGUUUCUUCGGGUGUUGGAUCUAGAAUCAACAGAAGGUCUAGCUGAUCAUCACCUUGAGCACAUUGGAAAGCAUAUUCAUCUGAGAUACCUUUCUCUAAGACGGUGUGAAGGUGUCUUUUACCUCCCGAAUUCAGUGGGUGACCUGAGACAACUCGAGACACUAGAUAUCAAAUUUACAAGGAUAUUUAUGCUUCCCGAAACUAUCACCAAGCUUAGUAAGCUAUGUUUUCUGCACGCUGGUAACGUAUUCUGUGAUCAAGAAGAAUGGCCUGCACCACCAUGUUGCAUAUCUGCCCCCAUUCGCUUCAGUUGGUCUCGUGGUGGAUGUUCUCCUUACAUGUGGUACAAGAAGCAUGGUGCACGACCUUUUUCUCUAAAGGUGCCAAGAGGGAUCGGGAAACUGAAAAACCUGCAGGCGCUGGGGUGUUUGGACCUUGAAAGGGGAAAUGCCGUCAUAGAGGAGAUAAAAGCCCUCACAAGCCUACGCAAGUUACGAGUUUCGUUUGGCAUCAGGACAGAAAAUGUGCCGGAAUUCUGUUCGGCCAUUUCCUGUCUCAGACGCCUCGAGUCAUUGACAUUGGAGUCAUGGGGAGAAAAUUUAUAUGACUACUUAAAUGGCAUGUCCUCACCGCCGGAAAACCUCCAGAGCCUCAAGCUAAGCGGUUACGUGGAAAAAUUGCCAGAAUGGAUCAAAGGGCACCAGAAUCUCAUGAAGCUCAAACUACAACGCACCAAUUUGUCAAGCAACUGUGAAAUCAUGCAGGUGCUUGGGAACCUACCAAACCUAUCCAUUCUGCUUUUGGAGGAUGAAGCAAUCCAGAUUGAAGGGACUAUCACGUUCCAGAGUGACCUUUUCCGAAACCUCCGUGUACUCGAGCUUUAUUACUUAUCAAUGGAAAUCGUGUCACUCAAGUUUGAGGAAACAUCAAUGCCGAAACUUGAGUUGCUGAGGCUGGAACUUAUAAAUUGUACCGCUGGCUUGGCUGGGCUACAAUUGCUCCCAAGCAUCAAGGAAAUGCGGCUCUCUAUCGGUGUUUACCCAGAUGGUAGUAUAACAGAAGAAUUGGCACAAAAGGUAACAAAUUGCAGGACGAAGAAAACGAAGGAGGACAUUAGGGAGCAGUUCGCCAACAAUAAAAAUAAACCCAUUUUGAAGGUGGAAUAAACGAACUAGAUGGAGGCAUUUGUGUCAUCAUCUCAUAGGGGUGGAGGCGAUUGCAGCAGGCUGUGUAUUUCUUUUUUCAGUUCAUACUAUGUACUCCCUCUGUACCUAAAUACUUGUAGCUGGAAAGAACCAAACUAGUUCUAGUUCUCCCCAACAAC